AGCCUAAACCUAUUGAAGAAAUUGAUAAUGGUGUUAAAACUAGUAGUAUUACUGAAGAGCAUAUUGAAAGCCCUAAUAACAACGGAUAUUAUUCUCGAAAAGAAGUUGAAAAAAGAUUAGCAAGUGACGAACUUGAACUUUUUCUUUUACAACUUUUACGAGAAAAUUUAAUUGAAUGUAAUACAACAAGAACAGGUUAUUUUGUCAAUUCAAUAUUUACCUCUAUUGGUGAUGGUGGAAUUAAUUUAUUUGAUAUUCGAGAAUUUUCUGCAGUAUUAGCAAAACAAGCGGAAGGUACUGUAGGAUUUUUUGUUACAAAUUCUACUUAUUCUAUAAAUGCAUGUAAUGAGGCAAGUAACUCAAAGCAACAAAUUAUUCUUUGUAUGAAAGAUAAUGUGAUUGAAAAAAUCAAAGCAACUAAAUUAAAUUUAGAAAACAAAGAGUUGCAAAAAAAUUCAUUUGAAUUAAAUGAUUUGGUAAUCAAGGAUCUUGAAAUUGAUUCUGAUGAAUCUACU